AUGGCCCUCCUUCAUCACUGGACCGUUGCAACAAGCCUCGAGCUAUUUAAGGGUGACGACAAACACCACUUCUGGCAGAUCAUGGUCCCACAGACGGGAUACGAGCAUCCAUUCGUGAUGAAUGCCAUUCUCAGCCUGGCUGCCCUGCAUCGAGCAUAUCUCAUCCGACCAGACAGGCACGGUCACAUGGCAGACGCCGCCGUUCACCACACAAAUGCUCUAAGGGGGUUCCAAGAAGCCCUGAGCCAUGUGAGUGACGAGAACAGCGAGGCCUUAUUUAUCUGGUCAACUCUUAACCUGAUAUACGUGUUUGGCAUCUCAGGGCGGCUGAGUGACGCCCUGGAUCCUCACUCUAACUUUCCGAGUCGCAAAGACCGUAUGUUUGGGGUUGAAUGGAUACCCAUGGUCACUGGUAUUCAAACUGUUGUGAAGCAAAAUCACAAGGUCCUAAAAGCCGGUCGACUUGGAAAGUUUAUGACCGUCGGUAACUGGGGGGAGAUGGAUCCAGAUGCCAACCCCAAUCCCGAAGACCAGCAUCUCUGUGAUCUGCGGAGUUGUUGGGAUGGCACUCCCGACGCACCAACCUACGAAGAGGCCUUGAGGAUACUCAGGAAGUGCAGGCUAUUCAUGGCCCGGUUCUCGGGCGACGGAAUCGAUCCGCUUGAAGAAGCUGGGUUCAGCCGGCUUUGGUCUGGGCCUUUGCUCUUCAUCAUAUUCGCUCCCCAAGCCUACUUGACUCUUCUACAUCAGAGGCAGCCCCCGGCACUGAUCCUGUUUGCCUUUUUUGGUGCGCUGCUACGCGAACUGGAUGAUUACUGGUUCCUGGAGGGGUGGGGGAGGGAUAUUGUCGAGGUUAUCGACGACCUGUUGGGGAGUUACUGGAGACCCUGGAUUGCAUGGCCUUCAAAGGUUACCGGCUUGUGCUAA